AUGCCAAGAGCACAUGUCGAUCCUACACUGUUUUGCAUAGGAAUUGACCUCAAUCACGGCCCCGUGGCCUUUCGCCCAAUGGGGCCUGGACCUGAUUGGCCCCUUCCCGGUGGUAAGAGGGGAGGGGCAGGCCAACGGACAGGCCGAGGCAACCAACAAGACUCUCCUCUCCACCCUCAAGAAAAGGAUCGGGGCACACAAAGGGCAUGGGCUAAAGAACUCCCGAGCGGGCUUUGGGCAUAUCGAACCAUUGUCCGAACCCUCACUGGCGAAACACCCUUUGCUCUCACUUACGAGAGUGAAGCUGUGAUUCUUGUAGAGGUCGGGAUGCCCACCUUCCGUGUCCAGCAUUUCGACCCAGUCACGAACGAUGAAAAGGUAGCAGAGAACCUGGAUAUCCUAGAAGAGAGAAAGGAGGAAGCGGCUAUCCAGACGACAAACAACAAACGAAAGGUAGAGCAAUAUUUCAACAAACGGGUCAGGCCACGGUCCUUUAAAGUAGGUGACAUGGUGUUACGAGAGGCGGGAGUAAUCACCCCGGAAGAAGGGAAGUUGGGAGCCCGAUGGGAGGGGCCUUAUGUAGUCAUGGCAAGUAACCGACCCGGUUCCUACCGCCUUAAAGACAGUGAAGGACGUGACCUGCCUCACCCCUGGAACGCUGAACACUUGAAAAAGUUCUAUAUAUAG